AUGGCGCCCUCUUCAUCCCUCAUAGCAAAGCUCAAAGUCCAACUCAAGCUCUCCAUCGCGCGCCUGCGAAUGGUCCAACAAAAAGACGAAGCAGUAUCCAAACAACAACGUCGGGCAAUGGCCCAACUGCUCGAAGCCGGCAAAAUCGAGUCCGCAAGAAUUCGCGUCGAGAACAUAAUCCGAUCCGAUAUCACCACCGAGCUGCACGAAAUCCUCGAGCUCUACUGCGAACUCCUUUUGGCACGAACAGGACUCAUGGAAUCGCCGACCUGUGACCCAGGCCUGGAGGAGGCGGUCAAGUCACUUAUUUAUGCGGCGCCGAGGACGGAUGUUAAGGAGUUGCAGCAGGUGAGGUUGUUGCUGGUGGAGAAGUUCGGGAAGGAAUUUGCGCUGGAGGCGGUGGAGAAUAGUGAUGGGAAGGUUAGUGAGAAGGUGCUUAAGAAGCUUGCUGUUACGCCUCCUCCACCAGAGCUCGUAAACGGCUACUUAGAAGAGAUUGCGAGGACAUACGGAGUAGAUUGGCCGAAGAAAGCGAAGGAGGAACUUGGGGAGCCGCCAGGGUAUGAUGAUGAUGACGAUGAGAAUCCGAGUGGAGGGCAGGCGCAGAAGAAUUUGGAGGAGCCGAUUUUGGCUGGUGGGGGAAAGGUGGAUAGGGAGAGAGAGGAGAGAGAGGCGUUGAGUAAGGCGACGCCGCCGAGGAGUUUUGGCCCGGGCAGUCCGUUAAGGGUUAAUCCCCCAAGUCCGAGUACGGAUAAUUUGCAUCCGAGGGUCAAGGGCACACUGGAUUUGAAACCGACGAAGAAGAUGCAGGAUGCUAGUGCUGGGAAGGGGACACAGAGUAAGGGGCCGGUUGGGGGAAUGAUACCAGAUGUGGAUGAGUUGGCGAAGAGGUUUGCGGCGUUAAAGAAGUGA